CUCAUGGGCCUGUAUCGGCCAAUGGAUAGAUGGCCAUUGACUGACCGUUCUAAAUGCCAGUGUGAUAUGGUGAGGCAUAGUCGAACUGCGCCAACAUCGCAUGGACGCAACUUCCGGGUCGGACGUUUACUGCGCGCGUCUCACUGCUCAUAUAUCUGAUAUCCAGGUGCAGGGACAGCACCCUAGUUGCUUCUCCUCUCACCGGCUUCCUGUUGGCAUGUCUGACCUCCUGCAGCGACUACGGCCGAUACAUCAUGACCCAAAGUACGACCUUCCGCUCGCGAAGACUAGGCUAGCACGGUGGCGAAAGACUACGUCCUGGCUUAGGAACCCCAUCCGAAUUGCUUUGGUCGGCCUCGCAGUUGUCGCAUCCUUCCUUCUCGUGAAGAGAUUCGAGCAGGACUCGCGCAAGACAGGUCGUUUGGUGGAGAAGGUCCUAGACGUCCUAGUCCCUGAGCCGGGACCGAGGGCGCCACUUUAUGAACGCUUUCGCGAGCACGAACUGGAGCUGUCUGAGCGGACAGGCGACCCGCCAGAGGCGAAGUAUCUAUUCUUCGCAAACAACGUUCAUGGUGAGUGAUUCUCGUGCAAUCCCUCGGAGGAGCAGCCCGAAUAGCACGCGAUGUUGUUCUAAGCGCGGCUGCGUAGCGCUUCCGUCUUGUCGUUCCGUUUUGUCGGCCGCAGCAUGCCAGUGGCUGGGGUCACAUAUGUAGCUCUUGCUGCCGUCAGUGGUCCCUGC